AUCUCCACAGACAUGCAGUGUGAAGACCCCUUUGCUUUCAUUGACGACUUACUUGACUUCCAAAAUGAAGACGAUUGGCUAGCAAUGAUGGAUGGUUGCGACAAUGGAGAUCAGAUAGCUCCUCUGCAAACUCCGGAAAUCGCCGGAAGAGUUCAUGACAGUCCAACCGCCGUCGCCGGCAGCCGGAUUAGUUCGGAAGAGGAUGCGCUGAGAAGCAUGCUGCAGCGCGAUGAUAUUGAGAUUAUAAAUCUGGAUUGGCUUUCAAACUUCAUUGAAGAGUCUGAUCUCAACUUUCUCAAUCCUAUAGCAUUCAUAUCACAGAGCCCAACCCCUAUUCUUGAGAACAAUAAAGCCUCCACUUCCUCAACCCCAGACCCGCCCACAAGCCGAACCCGAACCCAAACUAAAGGCCCGCGGGCUCAAGUCACCCGACCUAUCUCCCCCUCCUCCCUAACCCUAUGGGUAUCCAAGCCCGAAAUUAUGGAAAAGACACAAAAAAGUAAUGUGGUUGAUCGCGAUAGGCUGAAGAAGUGUUUGCAUUGUGAGAGUCAUAAAACACCGCAGUGGCGGGCCGGACCAAUGGGGCCCAAGACAUUAUGUAAUGCUUGUGGUGUUCGCUACAUGUCAGGUCGGCUUUUCCCUGAGUAUCGACCCGCUACAAGUCCAAAGUUUACUCCUUUUGUUCACUCGAAUUCUCAUAAGAAAGUGGUGGAGAUGCGGCAGGAAAAGGCUAAUCUAAGCUCACCCAAUGGUGAUGUGGCGAAAUGUGAAUUGCUUGAUUACAUAAGGAAUAAGUAAAUGUGGCAAAUCAAAAGUCAGCUUCUUUUUAUUAUCAUGAUGGGUCUAAGAUAUAUGUAUAGUCCAUCAUACUAAUCUUAAAGCAAAUCCCACGACUUAUAGAUCCAUCAUGGCUAAAAUUUGAUAUUAUAUGACAUGGGAAGGGGAGAGCCAAAAAAGGA